UAGUCCAUUCCGAGGUCGCUGGUCGCUGCUGCCCUCCGCUGCUCCGAUCCUUCCGCCGGCGGGCCACCCACGCACCGCCGCGCGCGCCGGACGAAAUGGAAGCAGCGCCAGCCGCUCGCACCUUCUCCCCGUCUUCCUCCUCAGCAGGAGCUAGACCUCGCCAUACUCUCGCCUACCCGGCCCCGCAGCGCGCCCGGGCGCUCGCGGCACCGCCUCCGUCGCGCGCCGUCGCCUCCUCCCGCGCGCCGCUGGUGGUGUCCAGCCCGCCGCCCGCGUCACCGGGGCCUCCCGCGGCCGCGCACGCCAAGGUCGACCGCUCCGGCCGCUUCUGCAGCCCCCGCGCCGCCCGGGAGCUCGCGCUGAUGAUUUCCUACGCCGCGUGCCUGGAGGGCGCUGACGUCGUCCGGCUCUUCGACCGCAGGAUCAGCGCGAGACGAGAGCCCGGGUAUGUUUUCGACAAGGCAUGCCUAUUGAGUUACAACCAUAUGAGCUUCGGCGGGGGACCUCUCGAGGUUGGGACGGAGGAGGAGGCUGAGAAGCUGACCAGCCAGAACGAGAAGGAUUCGGCCAACGAAGCAGAAGUUCUUUCAGCUCCUCCAAAGCUGGUUUACAACAACUUUGUCUUAAGGUUGUCCAGGGAACUUUUAGUGGCUGUUGCCAGUGGAUGGGAUAAACAUGUUGAUAUCAUCGACAAAAUAAUUCCCCAGACUUGGAAGGAUGAGCCUGUGGCAAGGAUACUUGAGCUCUGCAUUCUCCAUAUUGCUAUGGCAGAGAUGACAUCAAAAGGAACACCUCACAAAGUUGUCAUUAACGAGGCAGUAGAUCUGGCAAAACGAUUUUGUGACGGUGGUGCCCCUCGGGUAAUUAAUGGAUGCCUUCGAACAUUUGUAAAGGAUCACGUCGACAUUACAGGUACUAAUCAAGCAGCUGAACCAAAAGCGUGAAGUUUUGCAAAUACCAUGUAUGGUACAUCAGAAUGGUGACUGAAAUAGAGAAGUAUGGAGAAAACAUGGCUCUUCUUGGAGUUCAGGCGAAGUCUUUUCGUCCUGAAGAAACCAAACAUGCUGGGCUCAUCAAGGAGCCGGAAAUAUUUCAGUCUUACCGAAUAUUGGAUCAUUAGGUGAAGUAUACAGAGUCAGAGCAACUGGUGAUGCACAUUCAUGAUCCAUCUGAGACAACCGGAGGGUACUACUUCUGAUAGCCUAUAGUCCUGCUGAUUAAUGUGGUCAGAUACUAAGAUGAAUUACAAGUUCUGUAAAACUUGAUGUAUAUGUAGAAGGUUAUGCUUGGCACUAGCUCAUGCUCGGAGAGACUGGGAUGUUUCAAUUUUCAUAAUGUGAUGCAAUGAACGUACACUCAUUUUAGGAUAAUGAAUUUUGGUGUGUGUGCUUAUACUUGAA